AUGUCCUCGACCAGCUGCGUCUCUUUGCCGAAGAGACAGAAAUCGUUGAACGGCCGAGUCCCACUAAGGCGGAAAGGCCGGAAGAUAUCUUCAGGCAGUAUUAUGAUAGCAAAUGGUGACAGAAAUACCAAGGCUCUUGUCCCGGGAGAAGUGUACGCCACGCAUUGGGAAUAUUCCGUUUACUUGGCCAUGGUCCUCCCUUGGUCUCCAUCGCUUGCCCAAAACUGUCCGAAUAUGACUAGGGCUCUGUUUUUUCAAUUUAUAGCAGCUGACCUGCCCAAAAGGUUAAUUCCCGAAUGCUUUUCGAUAUUUGACCCGUCCACCUUGAAAUGGGUUUCCGGGUACGAAGACGGUGGCGAACAUGUCAAUGAACGCCAAUACCCUGUACGAUGGUUCGACAAAGAAGGGUUUGUUGGCUGGGUACCAGGUUCGGAGCUGGUUGGUUUCGACUUUCUCAAGGACUGCGAACAAGAAGAAAUACAAGGAUUUGGAGACGCCAAAAGAGAGGACGCAAACACUUGCGGAUACAGCAGCUAUGCAGAAAUGAAAAAGAGGGCAGCCGUUCUUGGAGCGACUUCAAUCCCAAUUUCGACGAAGCUCAUCUCAGAGAUUGCUGCUGACGAGACUCCCAUUCCGAAAUUUACUUCCCGCCCAGCAGUUGCUUUAAACGCCAAAGACCAGUGUGAAAUACAGAGCUCCCAACUGACUGGCGAGACACCAAAAGGAGCUUUCAUCAUUGGCCAGGGCGGUAAAUGUAUACAUUGA